AGCCAGAACAUCCUUUUCAGUGUAACGCGGCGCCGUGUGAGAGCAUGACUGCUCUCUCCGUUCUCUCUCUCUUUCUGUCUUGUUGCCCACUGCCACUUUCUUUUUUUUUUUUCCAUCAGCUCCUCCUGCUCCCACUCCCUCUCCUCACUCGCUCUCCUUGCAUCCUCUCCAUCCUCCUCUUCUCGGAUGCUGUCCCACUUGCAGAGAUAUGAUCAGUUACAAACGGCGGCAGCACAAGCAGCAUCACCGAGAUCUCAGACUCGUAGCUGACUCCAGUACCAGGCUCAGCAGGUGUCCCCUCGACAUAUCCGACGCCAGGGGCUUAAUAGUACAAGGUGCAGCCGGAGGUGUGACACUGUCCCAGCUCGCGACACAUUGAUUCGCACAGGAUUAAGCCACUGGAUGGUGCUUGAGGUGGAGGACCUGAUACAUCUGAUUUACCCCGCCUGUCAGACUUAACGUCUUUGGAGGCCUCGUCUGCCUUGCUAGUAAAGCCACAGAAGGGCUGCUCCCUAACUGAACUGACAACAUUGCCCAUAGGGAUGACUGGAAAUCAUCUUGAUCAGGAGUAAGAGAGGACGCAAUGGGCUGGACUAUGACUUUAAAGGAUGACUUUGGGGUCAUUGUCUGGGCACGGGGAACUGGGAAACGCCUCUGUUUCUUCGUCCUCUGCUCGGUCUUACUCAUCCAUGUGCGAUCUGAUAUUGUCUUUCAUAUGGAUCAUCAGUUCACAUGGAAAACAGGCCAGUGGGGUCAUUGUAUGGGUGAAGAUUGUGGUUCCGGCGGAGUUCAAACCAGGACCGUCUGGUGUGUCCACACGGAAGGCUGGACCACCCACCGCUCUCACUGCAACCACAUGGACAAGCCCGAGAGUCGGCGGCAUUGCUUUAAGGUGUGUGACUGGCACCAGGACCUCUUUGAGUGGGAGCUGUCCGCCUGGGAGGGCUGUGUUCUCGUACCUUUUUUUUCCAACCAGCUCAAGCUACGGACCACGGAGUGCAUUACAGCUCAGCAUGGGAUCCAGAGACGCAAAGUGCAAUGUAUGCGCACUUCAAACCGCACCGCCGUCACUUCGAGGAUAUGUGACUUCUUUUCCCAGAGACCGCCAGUGGAGCAGGCAUGUCUCAUCCCCUGCCCGCAGGACUGCGUCGUUUCGGAUUUCACCUCAUGGUCGGGUUGUAGUAGGACAUGCGGCAGCGGCCUGCAGCAUCGGACUAGACAUGUUCUGACCACGCCUAUGUACGGCGGCGCCAGCUGUCCAAACCUGACCGAAACCAGGACUUGUUCUGGGUCUGUCGACUGCCCUGCCGGGGAGGAUGAGUACCAGUACAGCCUUAAAGUAGGAGCCUGGAGCGAAUGUAGGCUCCCUCAUCACAAAGAUGACCUAUUGAACGGUCGGACCAUUGUGGAUUUCAGUCGUAACAAGGAGAACAAUACAGUCAUGCUGCACAGACAUGACUCCCUUGACCGUCAACACCAUCACGAGCAUCGUCACCAUCGCAAGUACCACAUGUCGUGGGAGCUGGAGGUGGGAUACCAGACGCGGCAAAUCCGUUGCACACGCAGUGAUGGGAAGAACGCAAUGAUGAGCCUCUGCGCCAAGUACAACUCUCCCGUGACCUACCAAGCCUGCGUGAUGCCCAAAGACUGUCACACCUCUGAUUGGCUUUCAUGGAGUCCCUGCUCGAAGACCUGCCGAUCUACCGACCUAUCUCCCGGGUACCGUCUGCGGUCACGAGUCGUAACACGGAUCCCACUGAGCGGGGGCAAUAAAUGUCCUGUCCUUGAGGAAAAGGAAGCUUGCAACAUUAUCGGGGAUUUGCUUCCAUACUGUCCAAGGUAUGAGUGGAGGACCACCGACUGGAAUGAAUGCUUGGUUUCCUCUUUACUGAGCAAGCUUGACCGGCGUUUGGCUAACAUCAGUAGUCUCUGCGGAGGCGGGGUGCAUACCAGAAAGACAUACUGCGCUCAAGUUCUUGAUGACUCAACUCCACAUCACAGGAAAGAGGUGUCCAGGCCUGUGACUGCCAGACUGUGUGCGGGUCAAGAAGCUCCCUUGGCGGUCAAGAACUGCUCCAUUCCCUGCCAACAUCGCUGCCUGCUCUCCCACUGGUCAUCCUGGGGCACCUGCGUACAUGACAGCUGUAAAGAUCCACAGGGGAAGAAAGGUUUCAUACAAAGGAGAAGAGAGUUGCUGUGGGCAUCCAGCAGCAGUCCACUGGAUGUCUGCCCUCAUCUGGUGGAAUCCAUCCCCUGCGAGGAUCCAGCUUGCUACCUGUGGCAAAUACAGCAAGGCGAAUGUACACCCAACAAAAGCACUUGUGGUCCUGGAACUUCGGUCCAAAGUGCAAAGUGCAUCAGUGCUGAAGGCGAGGAUGUGCCCACGACGUACUGCACGGAAAACCCUCCACCGACGCAGGCGCCCUGCGAGGUGGUUUGUCCUGCCGACUGCGUUCUUAGCGUCUGGUCCUCCUGGUCCCCCUGCUCACACAGUUGUGCUUCGAAAACAGCAGAGGGUCGACAAAGUCGCACUCGUACUGUCUUGGCCCUCCCUGGAAAAGAUGGGAAAGAGUGUCCAGGAGCUCCAGCUUUGGAGGAGUGGAGAGUUUGCAAUGACCAUCCCUGCUUGGUUUUCUAUUGGGAGGCUUCAACAUGGGGGCCCUGCAUUAAUGAUAGUGCGGAUCACAACCGAACUUACUUCCGGAAUGGCACCGCCACUUGUGCUAUGGGAGUCCAAAUUCGUAAAGUCACUUGCAUGAAGAUGGUGAAUGGUGAAUCUGUUGUCAGCAAAAGAUGCCCAGAUUCUGCUCGUCCGGUAGCGAUCCGGCCCUGUGUUCUUCCCUGCGUGAAAGACUGCAUUGUGACACCCUUCAGUGAAUGGACGGCCUGCCCAUCAACCUGCAUGCCAGAAAAUGCUACUUCUGCCACACAGUCUCGGUACCGGACUAUCAUUCAGAAGUCUGCUAAUGGAGGCCAAGAGUGCCCUGACACUCUUUAUGAAGAGAGGGACUGUGAAUCACUCCGGUCAUGUCCAAUUUACAGGUGGAGGAUACACAAAUGGCACGCCUGUACCCUGGUUCCUGAAUCCAUCCAACGUAGCUUAUCUGGAACAGCAGAAUCCUGCGGAAACGGCUUGGAAACAAGAGGACUCAGUUGCGUCGGGGAGUAUGAUGAGGCGGGCAAUUUGACAGAGUGCCUGCGCUGGGCCACCGGUCCUUUGCCUACUCAGAUCCGAGCGUGUCGAGUGCCAUGCAAGGAUGACUGCACUCUAACGGCUUGGUCCAAGUUCUCCGAGUGCACGGGAUGUGGCGGCUUCCAAAGUCGCAAGCGCUCACUCACAGGUCGCAGCAAAAAGAAGGAACAAUGCCUGAAUGAGGCGUUAUAUCCUCUCGAAGAGAAAGAGCCUUGUCCCUGUGAGGAGUACUUGUCCCAACCUUUUGGGAACUGGUCUGAUUGCAUCCUCCGCGAACCUUCCACUCCGGGGUCGCUGCACAUUUGGAUGAGCCACCAGGAAGUAAAGGAGUGUGGUCAGGGUCUACGUUACAGAGCUGUGGCCUGCAUCGAUCAGCAAGGACGCCUGGUCCAGCCGACGCUGUGUACAGAGACCGGCUACACGGUGGAGUUGUGCCACAUCCCGUGCCCCCUCGACUGUAAGCUCAGCGGUUGGUCGGCGUGGUCGCCCUGCAGUUCGUCAUGCGGCCCCGGGCUGAAGGUCAGAUCCAAAUGGCUGAGGGAGAAGGCUUUUAACGGGGGCCGUCCGUGUCCCAAAUUGGAUCUGAAGAACCAGGCUCAGGUAAAUGAAGCAGUGCCAUGCCACAGCGAGUGCAGCAAAUAUCAAUGGAAGAUCGAGCCCUGGUCGAUUUGCACCAUCAACACUGUGGGCGACUCGCCAUCCUGUGGGGAGGGAGUCCAAAGCCGCAAGAUCAGGUGUGUGAAGAAAGGAACAAGCGGAGAGGUCAGUACUGUGGAGGACAGUCAAUGUGAUCAAGAAGAAAUGCCGCCCAGAGCCCAAGUCUGCUUUCUGGCCUGUCACAACGACUGCGUCUUAUCACCCUGGGAACCUUGGAGCGACUGCCCGCUGCAGUGUGACCGAGGUUCAGAGAGAAACCGGAGCAGACAUAUCCUUCGCCUCCCUGCCGUGGGAAGUGCAGCCUGUCCGGAAAUUGUGCAGUCAGAAAGUUGUAUCCUCAACAGCUCCUGUUUCACUUAUCAAUAUCGCGUCUCAGAAUGGAGUACAUGUCGGCUGAGUGAAAAUGCCAUCUGUGGCGGAGGUGUCAGGCAACGACUUCUCGACUGCAUCCGCAGCGAUGGGAAGAUUGUGGACUUGCAAAAGUGUGAGCAGCUUGGACUGAUCAAGGACUGGAAGUUGGUGGAGAGCUGCGUGGUCGACUGUCCGGUCAGCUGUGUCCUUUCUGAUUGGUCGCCAUGGGGACAAUGCUCGCAUACCUGUGGCAGCCAAGGGCAAUCCGUGCGAACUCGGAGAACGUUGCGGGAGGCUCACGAGGAAGGUCGGCCUUGUCCCAACCAGCUCAUCCAGACAAGGUUAUGUCCCAUAAGUCCUUGCUACAUGUGGCUGCUCAGCGACUGGUCCCCGUGUGCCAUAGAGGGCGCAGACUGUGGCGAGGGGCUUCGGAGAAGAAACCUAUCGUGUGUCACUCACAAGGGCAACCCCACCGAGUCUCCUCCUCUGCCAGUGGCAGAGAAAUUUUGUGGCGAGAAACUGAGGCAGGAAAUCCAACAGGAUGUGGAGCAGCCCUGCUUUGUUCCCUGUCAAGGUGACUGCCAUUUGGCUGAGUGGUCAUCUUGGAGCUCUUGCCAAUUGACUUGUGUGGAGGGGCGGAGCUUUGAAAGCACAGGACGCCAAACCCGUUCCAGAGCGGUGAUCAUUCAAGUCACCGAGAACCAAGACAGUUGCCCACAGCAAGUCUUUGAGACACAGCCAUGUAAAGGAGGCCAGUGCUACAGUUACCAGUGGAGAACAGGAGAAUGGAACAAUAAUGAGAGAGCAGUGUGGUGUCAGCGUUCAGAUGGUGUAAUUGUCACAGGGGGGUGUUUCCCGCAAAAAAGACCGAGCAUGAUUCGGCACUGCCAUCCACCGUGCACCAAGCCCUUCUCACACUGCACGUCGAGUGGGGUAUGUGGUUGUGAGAAGGGUUACACCGAAGUGAUGACCACCCACGGCUUCCUGGACUACUGUACUCGAACACCGGGCGCAGACACCAAUAAGAAAGCUGACGUGAAAACCAACUCGGGAAGAUUAAAACCAUCCCGGGCCCGAGACCGUCUCACAGAGUGGACCUUACGACCCGUGGGCCCAGAUGGAGGAGUAAAGCUGUGGGUUUACGCCGUGACUGUGGUUGGAUUCAUCUUAAUACUCUUCAUUAUUGCAUUCUCGUUCCUGGUCUGUAAACCAGCCAAAAUGACCAGGACGACACCUCCGCCACAGAAGCCUUUGACUCUGGCCUAUGAUGGUGACAUAGAUAUGUAACCACAUUGGUGUUCUCCAUACGAAUGGCCUCCACCGCCUUUUGGCCGGACUCAUUCAGGCGGUACGAACGGACCGAGGUACUCCGACAGAGUCGCACAAAUAACAUUCGCUGUUGAAUGACACACUCACACAUAGUAAAUUGCUCCUCGAAAGAAGAGCCUGAGAAGACAAAGUCGCAACAUGGAGGCAGCGCUGCAGGCUGGCUUGCAAACCUGAAAUCAUCACAGCUUGCAAAAGCUGAAACAUUUUUAGUUUUAUUUUAUGAUCGUGUAUAUGUUUGCUAAAAAUCAGAAGGACCAAACGGAGAUGUGGUUGUCUCUCAAUGGACGUAUUAAAAAUUCAUGACAUACAGAGACUGAACAUGGAACACUUUUCUCAUCCUCGUUGGAAAUUUAUCAAGGAAAUGUCACAACUUUUUUUGUGUAACCAGCCUUUUUUCGGAGAAUAAACAAAAGAAAAUGCUUUUAUGCACUACAUUAGUGCUGAUUCACGAUUCCCUUUCCUUUGAAAUGACUUUUAUAGUGUUUGAAAUGUUUAUGCAAGUCGUUGCUGUUGGAUUGUACUUUGUUGACGAUGCCAUACUGUAUGUUGUGUAGAUGUGGAAACCAAAAGCAGGCUUGCCUCCAGUUUAACAAUUCUCAUUUUUCCUACGCAAAUGUCAUUAGAAGCCGAUAAAAGUGAACAUCAUUUCAGUGGGAUUGCUGAAUGUCAUGUGAACUUAGAUCAUACAAAAGAUAUAUGAAUGUCAGGAAGAGAAAGAUACAGUUUGGAAUUCUUUGGGUAAUGACAUGAUGGGUCAUCAUUUUGCCUUUCUACUCCCCCACAAUGGAUAUGAAAUAAAACAAUCACUUUGCAAAUAGAGCAAAGGCUUUCAGCUAGAUUUUGAGAUUUUCCACAUAUAUUCAAGCUGUCAACCUUCAAAGAGUCUUUCUUUUCUUUCAUAUUUAGUUUGCUCAGCUGCACUGAGAAGCAGAAGAAUGCAAUUCUCCUUCAAGGAUUUUGGGGGGGGAUCUCUUAAAGUUUUUUUGUGUGUCAUUAUUACUCAAAUAAUAGAUUGUACUUGUAUAAAAAUAAACAAAAGAACGAAGUUGGAAAUCACAAAUUACUCGUUUGUUCAUUUCCGGACCAACUUUUGGAUCUAAUUUGAUUUGCGAGAAACCACCGCGCCCGACAACCAACCAACCAAUCAGCGACAAAAAAGGGUAACUGACAAGGCCUCAAUCAUUUCUCAUUUGCACCUCGAAGCCUCAUGCCAGUAUUUUCCUAGUUACACAUAAAAUACACAGUUUGAACUAAAUGACAAACUCCGCUAAUAAAGGGUAAAUAUAUAUUUUUUUAAAUCCUUUUUUUUUUAAAUCUUCUCGCAGCUUGAUUGUUUUAGUUCAAACUCGUAUUAGUAAAGGCAAAAUCAUGAACACUGUCGUUGUCCAAAUUCAAUUUUCCAUUCGCCUAUUUAAUUCUCUUUUUAUUAGAACAAGUUAUCUUAUUGCUCAUCAUGCACGAACAAGUAUUCUUUGCUAGGUGACACGAAGGACAAUUAAAAACCAAAUAUUUGAAAGCACAAAUGAAGUCAUUUAUUUUCUGUAUAUCUGCUUUUCUUCUUAUAUCCACCAUUUGCUUAUGCAAAAAAAAAAAGUUUACCACCAAACCAUCAUCUCAAUGGAUCCUGCAAUCAAGAUCAACUCCUACAUUUCCAACCUUUAGUGCAUUAGUCAUAUGAUGGAAUGGAUUAUUGAGUGAUAGUAGGCAGCUGACAACAGUGUACCCUACCUUUUUUUUUUUUUUUUUUCCUCCUGCCUCCACAAAUUGAAUAUUUGCUCUGGUGUUACCUGACCUCCUUCUGAAUGUAUUACCGGUAACUAUCACCCGUGGUUGUUACUCGAUGUAGCAAUUGUAUUUCAGCAGCUGAUUGUGCGCAGGUAAGCUUGAUGUAUUCUGAAACAGAAAUGCUCAGUGGCCUUGAAAAAAAUGCUCUGUUUUAAUAGUUGUGUGACAAGUUCAAAAGAUGCAGUCAUGAAAUUGGAUCAAACUGUGAACUAUGGAUCAUUUCUAAAGACCAUGAACAUAUCAACUUUGCUGGCAUUUCAUUAUUUCUCCUGAUUAUAGAUUGGCUUGUGCGCCCCCUUAUUGUUUUUCAAAUAUCACGCUAUUUGUGUUACUAUUGUGUGUAUUGGAGAUCUGAACACUGAUGCAAAUAAAUCGUGGAACCCUGUGAAA